CCCAACAAUAGCUGAGGCAUCAAUAUUUUUGGCUUUUCAUUUUCUCAAGUUUUUCUCUCUUUCUCCUGUCCAUACCACAGCAUAGAUGCUGUCUGGAGUUAAAAAGUCCUACAGUGUUCUGGCUGGAACAGAGAAUCCUCAAUUCAGGCUGUGUAAUUCCCUAUUAAUCCUCAGAAUUGUCGCAGCUCCUUUUUGGUCCUGGGAAAUGUUACUUCUGAGAUUACCCAGACCCUCUCUGUGUAAAUCCACCAGGAAUCUUCAGUCCCAGUAUUUCCCAAAUAUUUAACCUUUUUCUCCACCAUUUGCCUUUUUGUUUUUUUUUUUUUUUUUCAAAUACUCAGAAGAUGUUUUUAGCCAGGAAAUUCAGUCAUUUCACAGAGGCUUUUUCUACCACUUCUUCUUGUGCUCCUCAUUGGAGCCAUCUGAUUCCCUGACUGGCAGGACAGGAGUGCUGUAGGGAGACAUCCCUGGCUCCAAAAGCCCUGCCUUUAGCAGGGACUCCAUACCAGGCUGUGAGCCCUUCCUUCCCUCCUCUGGAUCAGGUGUUGCUUUUAGACACCACUUGUCCUGGUUGCUUCAAAGUAACUUGGAGAGGAUCCAAAUUGAAUUUUCCCUCUGGGACUGCCCACACCUCUGGGUUCCCUUCAGCAUCAGUCUUGCCAGACAUUUGACACAAAGGUACAGCAGCAAUAGCCUCUGUAUCACCUUUUACAAUAUUACAAUGCCACCAUCAAAUUCCUUCCUAGUUAAUUGCAAUCAGAGUAGGAAGAGAAAGAAAUUAGUUUAUUUCAUACCUAUCCCCCACAGCUCCUAAUAGUGAUUGCACAAAUGAUACCAGCUCAGCUUUCCCAUUUAUUCCCUUAAUAAUGAAAACAUUCCUUUACAAUUUUCCCCCCUUAGGUGUAAGAUUCAGAGUGGAUGGAGAGGCCCCUGUGUCCAACAGGAGAGGCCUCUGGAUGCAGACCCAGCAUGGAUGUUCUCCAGGGCUGCAGUGUGGUGGGUCCCCGGUGGGAUGGGAGCUCAGAGAGCCCCGACAAUCCAUGUCCAUGCAGGAGUGGACUCACUCCUCCUGAGGGUGCUGCUGUCUGUGCUUGCAGUGUCCUUGUGGGCUGCAGCUGGAGCCCCGACUCCUUCCCAGGGGCUGUUUGGGUGGGCUCUGCCCUGGCCAGGAGGGCAAUGCCUCUGCCAGGUGCUUGUGGCCGACACCGUCCCCUGGGUGCUGGGGCCCCCUUGGGCCCUGGGGUUGGUCCCUCAGGGGCUGUGGGAACUCUGCCAUGGCCUUUGCCUUCAGCUUGGCCUUUUGCUCAUCCCUCCUUGCCUUCAGCUGCUGUGCCUUUGUGCCCAAGUGCUGCAGGGCCUUCUUCUGCCACUCCUGCAGCCCGGUCACUGCCUGUGGGUGCUCAUCCUCUGAGAGCUGCUGAGCUUUCUGCAAAAUCUUUCCUUUCUGCAGGGACCCAAACCAAAUCCUUUCACAGAAAAUCCUGAUCCUUCCAUGAGCACUCUGCAUUUCCCAGAUGUUGCUUUGUUUUGCUCCUUGUGCUCAGGGUCCCCUGCACAGCCCGUGUGGCAGAGCCGGUGCCUGUCCUGCCGCAGUGUCCAAAGGCGGCCCCCCCGGCGGGCAGGGCCGGCAGCUCCCCGGGGCCGGGCAGCGGCCGGGGCGUCCCGCAGCCUCCUGGGGGCCGGGGGCCACUGCCGGCCCUGCCCGGGGCUGGUGGGCUCAGGCAGCGCCCGGCGCUGAGCCCCGGCUGCCCCACAGCCCCGGCCCGGCCCCGCAGCUCCCCACAGGCCCCCAGCCCUGCUCCCGGUCCCGCACCUCUGCGCCCGCUGCUGCCGCUGCCCACCACAGAGAAACCCCUGACAUCCUGACCUCCUGCUUUUCCUCUCCUGGAAACCGGGCAUGGAAAGGAUCUGGAUCAGCUGGCAAAUUGAUUUUUCAUUCCCUGGGCGUAUCUGGAUGGAGGAGGAGGAAAAGCCCCAGAAAUGCUACAGGAGGAGGAGCUGCAAACCCAGCCCAGGGAGCUGCGGGGAGGAAAGAGCCCCCUGAGCCAGGAAGGCGGGCGGAGAUCCAGCCGGAGCUCGGAGCUGGUGGAGAAGCCUCAUGGCGGGGAGAAGCCCCACAAGUGCUUGGAAUGUGGGAAGGGUUUUAGCCGGAGCUCCACCCUGAUCCAGCACCAGAGGAUCCACACUGGGGAACGGCCCUAUGAGUGUGGGGAGUGUGGGAAGAGGUUUCGGACCAGCUCCCAUCUCCUCAGACAUGAGCGGAGUCACACAGAGGAGAGGCCCUUCCUCUGCCCCAAUUGCGGGAAGGCCUUCAAUCACAACUCCAACCUCACCGAGCACCGGCGCAUCCACACUGGGGAGAGGCCCUACGAGUGUGGGAAGUGUGGGAAGGGUUUCAGACGCAGGUCUGGCCUGAUCGAGCACUUGGUGAUCCACACUGGGGAACGGCCCUAUGAGUGCUUGGAAUGUGGGAAGAGCUUUGGGUGCAGCUCACACCUGAGAACACACCAGCGCAUCCACACAGGGGAGAGGCCCUACGAGUGUCCCCAGUGUGGGAAGAGGUUUCAGACCAGCUCCAGUGUCCUACUACAUGAGCGGAUUCACACAGAGGAGAGGCCCUUCCGCUGCCCCGACUGCGGGAAGGGCUUCAACCGCAACUUCAGCCUCACUGAGCACCGGCGCAUCCACACUGGGGAGAGGCCCUACGAGUGUGGGAAGUGUGGGAAGAGCUUCUCCACAAGCUCAGCCCUGACCCAGCACCAACGGAGGCACCACUAAGAGAAGCUCUGUGAGUGCCCCGAGUGAGGGAAGAAGCUUGGAGUGAGGGAAGAGCUUGGAGUGAGGGAAGAGAGUGAGGGAAGAGCUUGGUGCGCUGCUGCUGCUCCAUCCCCCAUGGGAGGAUCCAGGCUGGAUGAUCCCCAGUGACCCCCGUUGGGCAGAGCCCUGCGGAUCCUUGGUCCUGGUGAUCCAUGCUGGGUGUGGGGAAGGUGUUGGCUUCUUCUCCUUGUGCUGCUGUGAUUUGGGUGGGUUCCCAUGGAUGGGGGAUGGGAGGUAAGUGGGGGGUCCUGGCACACUGCAGGGGGCUCAUGGCUUGGGGCGUCCCAGCGCUUUGGGGGGAUCAGUGAAGGGGGGAAGCAGUGAAUGGGGGAUUCCCGUUAAAUUGGGGGGGGACCCUGAUGAUAACAGUGGGCCCUGGGAGAUAACGGGGGGUGAAAGCACUAAACCCUAAUGGACUCCCCUGGUGCUGGUGAACCGCCCGUGCCCCAGCAGCGCUUGGUGUCCCCCCCAGUCCCAGCACUGUUCCUGGGGGUCCUGCAGCUCUGGGGGGGUCAAAGGGGAGGGGAUGGAACCUCCGUCAUGGAUGGGGGCACAAAGGGGAGUCCGGGCUCAGUGCGCGGGGGGGGUCGGUGCAUGAGGGGGGCCCGGUCCCUGUCCCGGUGCACGGGGGUGGCGCUGCCUGGGGGUCCCGGUGCUCGGGGGGUUCCCAGGGUUCGAGGGGGGUUCGGUCCCUAUCCCGGUGCUUGGUGGGGGGGGGGCAGUGCCCGGGGGGCUCCCACUGCUCAGUAAUUGGGGGGUGUCAGAAUCCAGGACAUCCCUCUGGCUGCCCUGGAUGGCUCAAGACCCUGGCAGGGGGCUUGGAGACCUUGGCAUGGUGACAAGAACACCAGUGGAUUUGGUUUUAGCCCCUGGAGAAAAUUGCCAACUUUGUAUAAGGAAUUACAAGGCACAAGGGUUUGAGUAGCGUGGUAGGUGAAUUAACACAAGGUGGAAAAGUAGAAUUUUAACAUUUUAUAAUACGGGUUCAAGGGAACAAGAUGGAGGGAUUUGGACGUCUCCUGACCUUCUUCUCCUUGUUCUUACCCUCCAUGUCUUGCUGCGAUGGUGACACUUUUCUAUUGGUUGAAGGUAGAGACACACUGUCCAACAUAAAUGAUAGAUAUUGGCACGUUGUUGUAAACACAGUACAGGUAGUUUUUAGUGUAGAAGGCAAACAGCGCCCUGAGGGCAGGGAGACUGCCACAGACCGACCUGCUAGACAGAGCUCAGCAGAGCGGACAAAGCGUGUUAGAGAAAAGGGAAAAUAAACGGCCCUGAGAAGCAAA